AUGGUCAAUUCUCUCAGACCCACCUCGACAAGGUCUCCCACUCGUCGCUCCUCCGCCAGACACCCUACCCCACCUCCCUCACACCUCUCCAGCACAUCGCCGCAUCCCCCGUCCAACGACAAUGAAGUGCCCGAGACGCCGACCCGGGGCGACAGACCUGCAAAGCGCCUCAAGCUGACGCUCAAGGGCCCGAAGCUGGCUGCGGUACCCGCUGACGUUGGCGACACAAACGCGACCAUCCCGUCUCCGAGACCGCCUGUCAAGCUGACCCUCUCCGAACCACAUGGUCCUCUGUUGCAAACUACCAACGGCGUACGCAAGACUCUGGACGUCACCGAAGACUCUAUACCCGCCAACACGUCACCCUCUACAACUCCGGCUCUAGCUCUGAAUCCCGAACAAAGACAAACGCGAAAGGCUUCAGAAAGGCGUAGUCUACGCUCUCACGAUGACGGUCCACGAUUGAAGAGCGAACUUGCUGUAUACUUUCCCAACUACGAGGACAUCAUCUAUGACUCCAACAAAGAACCUGAUUUCAUCACUACCGACACCAUCGUCUAUGUCAGCGACGAGCCAUACAAACCUACACAAGAACCGAACUCCAAGUCCGAUCCUCCGGCAAGCAAUACGAAGAACCAACGUGCCUCGAUUUCUUCCACAAAACCACCACUCAAAUAUAAUGGCGCCCAGGUUAUCGACUUUUCGUCUAUCGAGAAGAGUGUCGGCCAUCAUCCGAGGGACCCCUUGACGGACGCAUUCUACUUCAAGUCCCAUCGUCGAGCAGAGCGUAAGGAGAAGCAGCUACGCAACAUCGAGAAGGAGAGGGCGAUGCACGAGAAGGCUCAACUGGAGAGACUUCUGGAAGCCUUGCAAGGACAUGACUGGCUGCGUGUCAUGGGCAUUGUCAGCGUGGCCGAUGCAGAUGCCAAGAAGUACGAGCCCAAGCGAAAGUACUUUAUCGACGAAGUCAAUGCACUGCUGCUGAAGUUCAAAACAUGGAGAGACGAAGAGAAACGUAUUCGGUAUGAGAAGGAAGCCGCUGCCAUGGCGGAGAUUGAUGACGAAGAAGAAGAGGAAGAGGGAGAAAGCGAGAGCGAGGCGUCCUCGGCCGAUCUGGAUGCCUCAGCAGCCCGCCAACUACAGCUCAAAAGCAGAACGCGGACUUCUGCUCCAGUACCUGAGCCUGCACCUGCGCCUGCACCUCCACAUCCAGCACCUAUGCCGACAAUAUAUCGAGAGCCAACGCCAGAUGGUCCUUUCGUCAGCUUCUACUCAAAACCUCACCUGCGAGCAGCAGCGUUGGGAAACACUAGACAUGGGCGAACACUAACAGCAUUUGGUGUGCCAAUACCCGAGACAGACGAACAAGACUUUGCUCUGCCAGAAGACUAUGUAACACCAGAAGCACUGAGAGACAAUGCAAGGAAGCGCAGGAGGAUGAAGCGAGAGACGGCAACGGAUUCGGGCAAGGCUUGA